CUUAUUGGUGAACAGUUAUGCAGAAAACUAAUGGUGUCACUGAAGAAGGACACCAAAGCAUUGCAUAAGUGAUUACAAGUGUUGUGAAAACAGUUGUAAUUUUUGUGAUAUCAAUGUCUCAGUUAGUCCAGAGGCUGAUCCAUAGUGUUUCGGCCAUUAAUAAUGUUAAACCACUUUUACUGACAGCACGGACCUUGUCUUCAGCGGUGACGUCGACUCUGAAGAAUGAAUUCUUAGGCAAGAAGUUGGUUUGGGUCGACUGCGAGAUGUCUGGACUCGACGUUAAUGUCGACCGACUUCUGGAGGUAGCAGUUGUCGUGACGAAUGGUAAUCUCGAAACGAUCAAACAAUUUGGUCCGUUUGUCAUCAAAACUGAUAAACAUAUAUUGGAUUCAAUGAACGAUUGGUGUGUGAAGACUCACAAUCAAACGGGUCUCGUAAAGCAAUGUCUAGAAUCACAGUUGACUGUCGAGGAAGUGGACAAAAAGCUGUACGAAGCCAUGUAUGAACUGAAUAUCAAAAACGGUCUUUUGGCCGGUAAUUCAGUCAGUUAUGAUAGACUUUUUCUCAACAAAUAUUUACCAAAAUUUGCGUCAUGUCUUCACUAUCGGACAAUAGACGUGUCGACAAUUAAAGAGUUGAUCCGAAUUUGGUUUAAAAAGGAUGAAAGCUUUAAGAAAGCGUUGACUCACAGAGCCAUCGAUGACAUCAAUGAAAGUAUAGCUGAACUCAAGUUUUAUCGACAAAAUUAUUUCAUUAAUAAAUAAUUAUAGAGUUGUGAUGUUGUGAUCAUAUAUACCAUCACUGUUUGUGUUGUAUUUUUAAUCAUUUUUAUAUAGAUUUGUAGUUUUGGUUUUGUAUUGAUUUCUAAUUA